AUGGCAGCCAUGGGAAAGUCCACAUUUAACAUUGUGAAAACUGUAAAGCCCACAUUUUACAUUGUGAAGACUGUAGAGUCCACGUUUAACACUGUGAAGACUGUAGAGCCCACGUUUUACAUUGUGAAGACUGUAGCGCCCACAUUUUACAUUGUGAAGACUGUAGAGCCCAUGUUUUACAUUUUGAAGACUUUAGAGUCCAUGUUUAAUAUUGUGAAUACUGAAGAGCCCACGUUUUACAUUGUGAUGACUGUAGAGUCCACGUUUUCCAUUGUGAAGACUGUAAGGCACAUGUUUUACAUUGUGGAGACUGUAGAGUCCACAUUUUACAUUGUGAAGACUGUAGAGUCCACGUUUAACAUUGUGAAGACUGUAGAGCCCACAUUUUACAUUGUGAAGACUGUAAAGCCCAUGUUUAACAUUGUGAAGACUGUAGAGCCCACGUUUUACAUUGUGAAGACUGUAGAGCCCAAUAUUUACAAUGUGAAAACUGUAGAGUCAACGUUUAACAAUGUGAAGACUGUAGAGUCCACGUUUUUCAAUGUGAAGAAUGAAGAGUCAACGUUUUCCAUUGUGAAGACUGCAGAGCCCACGUUUUCCAUUGUGAAGAGUGUAGAGCCCACAUAUUACAUUGUGAAGACUGUAGAGCCCACAUUUUACAUUGUGAAGACUGUUGAGCCCACGAUUUCCAUUGUGAAGACUGUAGAGCCCACGUUUAACAUUGUGAAGACUGAAGAGCCCAUGUUUAACAUAAUGAAGAUUGUAGAGCCCACAUUUUUUAAUGUGAAGAACGAAGAGUGCAUGUUUUACAUUAUGAAGACUGUAGAGCCCACGUUUUAA